UGCAAGCUAACCAAACCUAGUUUUGUCACUCUCUUUGCGUAACACUGUGAAUACUGGCAGCACUGUUCUGCCAUGGGAAGCAAGUAGGGUGCCCCCCAUCCUAACUACUCCCACCCACAUUAUUGAGCGAGGUAAAGGACAAGAUGGCCGCCCUGACAAUAGACCCGGUGGAGGAGCCACGAAUGUACCAGCAGACGCUCCUUCAGGACGGGCUGUGCGACCUGCUGGAGAAUGACAAGUUUGUAGACUGCGUCCUCAAGAUCCAGGACAAGGAGUUCCCCUGUCACAGGUUGGUGCUGGCCGCCAGCAGCCCUUUCUUCAAGGCCAUGUUCCUCUCUGAUCUGGAAGAGAGCAAGAAGAAGGAGAUAGUCCUCAAAGAUGUGGAACCCGGCGUCAUGGCCAUGAUAGUUCGUUAUAUCUACACCUCUGACAUUAACCUGACAGAGCAGAACGUCCAGGAUAUCUUUAUGGUGGCAAACAUGUACCAGAUCCCCUCCAUAUUCUCCGUGUGUGUCUCCUACCUGCAGGAGAAGCUGGUGCUGGGAAACUGCCUGGCUAUCUUCAGGCUAGGGCUGCUGCUGGACUGCCCCAGGCUGGCUGUGACUGCCAGGGAGUUCAUAUGUGAGCGCUACCACCUCAUAGUAAGAGACCAGGACUUUCAUCAGCUUGGCCCUGGAGAGUUAGCCGCCAUCAUUACCUCCGACGCUCUAAACGUGGAGCGGGAAGAGGUAGUGUUUGAAUCUCUAAUGGACUGGGUCAACUAUGAUAAGGAGGACCGGCUAAAGGACCUGCCCGAUCUGUUGCACUGUGUACGCUUCCGUCUGAUUCCUAAGGAAUACUUUUCCAAGAAGGUUGAAAGCCACAAGUUGAUCCAGUCCAACCCAGAUAUCAAAAAAGAGCUGCAGCUCAUCAAGGAUGCCCACAAAGGAGUUUUCCCCAAGGCCAAGAAGCCUGACGACAUGAAGUCUGGGGCAGAGGGCGGGGAAGAAAAAGAUGAAGACGAGGAGGGUCUGCUUCCAGGGAUCCUCAAUGAUAACCCUCGGUUUGGCAUGUUUGAGACGGACCUGAUACUGAUGAUCAGCAAUACGGGGGCUGUAGCAUACGACCCCGUGGGGAACGAGUGCUUUGUGGUGUCUGAGUCCACAGAGAUUCCCAAAAACCACUGCAGCCUGGUAACCAAGGAAAAUCAGGUGUUUGUGGCAGGAGGACUUCUGUAUAAUGAGGACAACAAAGACGAGUCCUUCAGCUCCUACUUCCUUCAGUUUGACCCUGUGAGUUCAGAGUGGCUGGGGAUGCCCUCACUGCCAAACCCUCGCUGUCUCUUCGGCCUGACCGAAGCAGAGAACUCCAUCUUUGUUGUGGGUGGCAAGGAGCUGAAAGAGGGAGAGCAUGUCCUUGACUCCGUCAUGAUCUACGACAGACAGUCAUUCAAAUGGGGGGAGUCCGAUCCUCUUCCUUAUACAGUCUAUGGCCAUGGAACUGUGUCACAUAAAGGGCUUGUCUAUGUCAUCGGAGGGAAGGCAGAAAGCAAAAAGUGCAUUAGGAGGAUGUGUGUCUACAACCCCACCAAGUUUGAGUGGAAGGAGCUGGCCCCCAUGAAAACAGCCCGUUCUCUGUUUGGGGUCACCGUCCAUAAAGACCAGAUCUACGUAGCGACGGGGAUCACGGACUCAGGCCUCACCAGCGUCGUGGAGGUUUAUGACAUUGCCACCAACAUGUGGUCCGAGUUUUUGGAGUUUCCCCAGGAGCGUAGCUCGCUCAGUCUGAUCACCAUGGAAGGGUGUCUGUACGCAGUAGCGGGCUUCGCCAUGAUGCCCAGUGAGACCAGCGAGAAGCCAGUACCCACGGAGAUGAACGACAUCUGGAGAUUUGAUGAAGAGGAGAACUGUUGGAAUGGGAUCUUGCGAGAGAUAAGCUAUGCAGCAGGUGCCACAAUUCUUCCUGUGAGACUCAACACCCUGCGUCUCACUAAGAUGUAAUCAUCAAGACGUUUCACCCACAGAAUGAAGAUGCCACUGCUAAUGAACUGUUUCUGGGAAAAACACUUGCAGUGUGGAAUUUUGACGCUCUGAAGUUUUGAAGUUUUGCCUACAAACAAUUUCCAGUAGGGGGAGCCAAAAUAUGAAAAAUGUCUGUCUUUCUGAAAGGUGUUUGUUAAAAUCGAAUUUGUACAUCUUUUUUGCUUUUUGCUAUGUUUUAUGAGCAGAAAUAAAAAACAAGAUGGGUUUC